GCGGCCGGGCCCGCCUCCGCCUCUCGGCUCGGCAGCACCGCGGACAGCGCCCGGCCCCGCGCGGCUCCGCACGGCCCCGGAGACGGCGCCGGUGCGCUCCGGUCCCCCCGGCACGGCACGGCCCAGCCCGGCCCGGCGCCCGCCGCGCCAUGGCCACGGAGGUGCACAGCCUGCAGGAGCUGCGGCGCAGCGCGUCCCUGGCCACCAAGGUCUUUGUGCAGCGGGAUUACAGCGACGGGACCACGUGCCAGUUCCAGACAAAGUUUCCCCCUGAGCUGGAGAGCCGGAUUGAGCGGCAACUUUUUGAGGAAACUGUGAAAACCCUAAAUGGCUUCUACGCCGAGGCAGAGAAGAUUGGGGGCAGCUCAUACCUCGAGGGGUGCCUGGCCUGUGCCACUGCCUAUUUCAUCUUUCUCUGCAUGGAGACACAUUAUGAGAAGGUCCUGAAGAAGAUCUCCAAGUACAUCCAGGACCAGAAUGAGAAGAUCUAUGCACCACGGGGGCUGCUGCUCACUGAUCCCCUGGAGCGUGGCAUGAGGGUCAUCGAGAUCUCCAUCUACGAGGACCGGUGCAGCAGCGGCAGCUCCAGCAGCGGCAGCUCCAGCAGCAGCAGCGGUGGUGGCGGCGGGGCGGGGGGCCGGUGACUGGCAGGGAGUCCCUGCAGGGACUCGUACUGCCGGGACAGUGGCCUCUCCGAGCUCCGCAGGCUGCACUACCAGAGCACCCGCUUCUGAGCCCGGGGAGAGCAGCAGGGGGAGGCCGGGGCUCCCCGGUGGGGCUGCCCACCCCCGCCUGCUCUUUGUCCCCCGCAGUGGGUCUGCCCCUGCUCGGACCCACUGUGGGCAGGGACUGGUGCUGGGGCAUCCCAGGUGCUUCCCACUGAGCCAAACUGUUGCCAAGGGGCUCCUGCAGCCCUCCAUGUGCUUGGUGCUGCCGCCCCUGCCGCAAGCGAGAGGAGCUGGCCCUGCUAGGGGCAGUCCCGGCUGGCAGUGUCCCUGCUGCCAUGCGCUGGGGAGCGCCCGGGCUGGCAAAGCCUCAGGCAGCGCUAAGCAGGGACGCACAACCCCACACUCACAGACACCGACAGCUCUUGCUGCACCCCCUCCUGGGGGCACCCUGCUCUUGGUGCUGCGGUGUGGCUCAGCUCUGCUCGCCCACUGUUCAGGGGGCCUGGCAGAGCACUGGUGCCGCUUCUCCUGCAUGAUGGGCCAUGCAUCCACCCCAGCUCCACACCACCCGCUGCCCCAUUGCUGCUCUCCUGACCCCUUCCCCCAUGGCACUGCAUCCUCUCCAGCAGCAUCCUUCACUGCCAGGACACUGGGCGCUUGCUUCUGCUCCUGCAUGACCUGCUGCCAUCCCCAGCUGGACCCACGCAUCUCUCCAGCCCAGUGCCCAGGCCAGGGAGCUGCAGUGCUGGGCAUGAUGCUGCCUCUGUGCCGUGUGCCCUGGGCUCAUUCAUGGCUGAGCUGUGGCAUGGCUGAGGCAGGCUCCCUGCCCAGUCCUGGCAGAGUUUGCUUGUGCCUAGCUGCCAGCAGCCCCCUGCCCACUCUGCCCCAUGACCUGCCCUAAUGCAGGGAGGGUGCCCAGUGGAGCAGCUCCAUAAGGACCCUUCCUCUCACACUGCUGAGUCCUCCCCCGCCCACGUGUCCUGCAUGCAUCUGCCACCAGUGCCCCAGUUCUCAGCCUGGCCUGUAAGAGGGGACCUCGAGGGGCACCUGAGCCUGGUGGCACGGUGUGGAGGUUCAUGGUCCAGAGUCAGACAGGGGAAAUAGGAGGGUCCCUGUGAUAUCCAGCACCCCAAGGAGAAGAAUUCCUAUCUGGGAGCAGGGCUGAACCGAGCUGGCAUUUCUCUCCUGGGAACAUGGAGGGAGGACCCUUCCCUGUGGGACUUCUUUUGGCUCACUCAUGAUAUGUGUGUGGGGUGGCCCUGGCCUCAGUGUUCCUGCUGGAGCCCCCACCCCUGCAUGGAGACCUUCCUCAAUAAACCCCACGCUUCUUCCCCCACUGCC